AUGAGGGAGGAGCGCGUCACUGCCUCCUUGGCACACGACCCUGAAUGGGACAGAUCGGAGACACGGAACGGAUGUGGCGGGCCACCAAGGACAAGGGCAGGGACACCUUCUGAGGUUUUGAAGCAGGCCUUCCUUGGCCACCUGCCCCGACACCCAGGCACCCAGACCACCAGCAGUGCAGUGCGGACCCUGCCACAUCAAUCCUGCCUGGCAACCAACCAGCCCAGCCAGCCAAGCCCACAGAGCCCCAGAGCCCCAGCGGCCCCAGCGCCAGCGCCAGAGCGAGAACAACCGACCGACCGACCGACCGACGCAUCACACUUUGUCCCGCCCGCUUUGGACGACCACCACCUGCACCACGCCACUCACUUCACUCUCUCUCACACGACCCUUCUCUUCGCUGCGUCAAUUUUGUUUUUCGUUUCCACUGUCGAGCCCGGCAGUCCGUCAAGCAGGGUCUUGUUUGCUACUCUCUUCUCCGACCCGUCCCUCCUGCAUAGCGAGCCUCUCUUAUCGAAUGGUUGCGUCACGGCGGCGACGCCACCCUUGAAGCGACUUCUCGGGACCCCGAUUAUCGACGAACCCAACAAACCCGUACGAUCCGACUGUCGCCGCACGAAUAGCCUCGAGAUGGCGCCCAGCCGCUCACCGGAUGCCCUCAAUGGCGUCCUUAUCGGCCUGCUCUCGUCUCUCGGCUCCGCCGUGCUGAUAGGCUUCAUCUUCGUGGUCAUCUACUUCUUCAAGUACACACACUCCGGCCGUAUCUUGCUCGAUCGGAUCGGAAGGCCCGGCGAAUACGAUGACGAGCAGGCCUUUGCAAAGGAAGAGGCCGAGGCGCUGGAGGUAAUGGAUGAUAUGCAGAGAACAGAGUACCUCAGGGCCAAAGCAUUCAUCACAUCCAACCCUCCUGAGUCCGUACAGACCGAUAUUUCCCUUUCGCAGUAUCUGGCCAUACAAGAAAAGGGCGUUUCAGCAUGGGAGUUCGAGCCGGAACUCGAGAUCGCCAACUGCUUUGUCGAGGGCCGUACAGAAAUAGAAUUCUUCGACUCGGAAUGCACUGUCAUGACGAAUCUCCCCGUCCCGAAACAAAACGAGGUGUAUUAUUGGGAGGCCAAGGUGUACGAGAAACCUGAGGCGACCCUCGUUGCUAUUGGCAUGGCUACCAAGCCGUAUCCUCUCUUUAGGCUACCAGGUUUUCACAAACACUCGGCAGCCUACUUCUCCAACGGUUUCAGACGUCUCAAUCAACCGUUCAAUCACACACCCUAUGGGCCUCAAAUUGUCCAGGGCGAUGUCAUCGGCUGCGGAUACCGUCCCCGAACAGGAUGCGUCUUCUUCACUCGGAACGGCAAGAAGCUGGACGAUGUGUGCCACGGAAUGAAGAACCAGAACUUCUUCCCCGCUGUCGGCGCCAACGGACCCGCAACAGUCCACGUCAAUUUUGGCCAAGCUGGAUUUGUUUUCAUCGAAGCUAAUGUGAAGAAAUGGGGCCUGGCCCCAAUGACUGGGUCAUUGGCUCCUCCACCACCGUAUGGGUCCGAAGCCGGCAGUAUCUUGCUGGAAACUGGCAGGAAGGAUAGUUACACUGGGUCGCAAGCCCAGGGUCAAGCUCAUGGUCAGGGCAACAACCCAUCGGUUCAGACAUAUUUCAGACCGCAGCAUCAGUCAGGUCUCGAGCCUCAACAUGGCCACGGCCGCACGCGGUCUGGGAAUUUCAGGAUCCUUUCCCCGACAAGCCCCGGCCCUGCCCGGAGCCCCACUGAUAUCUCGCUCGCCCAGCUUGUUCCUAACGAUGAUGUUGGUGAGCCUAGCAGUGCUGCUGCCGGCACCGCCGGCGGAACUACCGUUCAUUCUACGACUGGGUUGGGCCUGCAGGAGCCGAACCAACCGCCACCCGACUACAGCAGCCCGCAAUCAUCAGAAGCUGGGAGUCGACGUAACAGUUCCGAAAGCGAGCAUACGCCCCUAAUACGCAUAUCGAGAAGUAGAGGGGCAUCGUCUGUGACCGUACCUGCGCGCAGCAGGAGCAACACGACCGACCCAGAAGGCCCUCCCAUUCCGAGUUAUAGUGAUGCUGUGCGGCAAGGAGCUGGACGUGAUCGCAGUGAUAGCGCUAGAUCCGCACGAUGA